AUGCUUUCCCGUCUGCAGAACACUCGACUGAUCGCCUUUGCUUCAAGGCCGCUCUCCCUUUCCUCAACACGCAAUGCAGGCACUGUGAAGAUCGAGAAGAAAGGCGAUGUGGCUGUUGUCAAGAUUGAUAUGCCCAACACAAAGGAGAAUGUGCUUGGCGAAGCGCUUAGCAACGACCUCACGGAGGCUUUCAGCAAAUUGGAGAACGACGAGACGGUGAAAAGUGUGGUGUUGAUGUCGGGCAAGCCGAACUCUUUCGUAGCCGGAGCAGAUAUCACAAUGCUGUCCAAGGCGAAAGACGUUGCCGACGCAGAACGGAUGAGUUCGGAGGGACAGAAACAAUUUGCACGACUCGCCGAAUCGAAGAAGCCUAUCGUUGCUGCCAUUAUGGGAUCAUGCCUGGGCGGAGGAUUGGAGUUAGCAUUAGCAUGCCACUACCGAAUUGCUGUCAAUGACAAGAAGACUCAAUUGGCUUUGCCGGAAGUAAUGCUUGGACUGCUUCCUGGUGCCGGGGGAACGCAACGGUUGCCAAAACUUGUCGCUCUUCCAACUGCCUUGGACAUGAUGCUAACUGGAAAAAAGCUUAAAGCUGAUAAGGCUAAGAAAGCUGGAUUUGUUGAUGUCGUUGUGCAACCUUUGGGUGAUGGUCUUGGUCCAGCCAACGAGAUAACACACAAGUACUUGGAAGAUGUUGCUGUGAAAACGGCUCAGCAACUUGCUAGUGGAACUUUGAAAAUUGAUCGAACAAAGCCAUUGAUGCAACGAAUCCAGAACGCCAUAACGUCGAAUCGACUCGUUUUGGAUAACGUUGUGCUUAAGAUGGCUCGUGAUAAGGUAAUGAAAAUGACAAAGGGAAACUAUCCGGCUCCACUUCGCAUUUUGGAAGUGAUUCGCGAAGGAAUCGUCAAUGGUUCAGCCAAAGGAUAUGCACUUGAGUCAAAGUAUUUCGGUGAGUUGGCAAAAACCACCCAGUCGGCUGCUCUGAUUGGCUUGUUCAAUGGAUCAACGGAUUGCAAAAAGAACAAAUAUGGAGAGGGACGUCCCAUAAAUGAAUUGGCUGUUGUUGGAGCUGGACUGAUGGGAGCGGGAAUCGCCAACGUGACUAUUGAUAAAGGAGUGAAGACGGUGCUUCUCGAUGUGAACGAGAGUGGCUUGGAAAGAGGACAAAAUCAGAUUUUGACACACCUCGCAACUGGAGUAAAGAGAAGAAAGAUGACUCUUUUGGAAAAAGAAAGGAUUGUUUCCAACCUUGUUGCCACAACUGACUAUCAGAAGAUGAAAAACGCAGAUAUCGUCAUUGAGGCUGUCUUCGAAGAUAUCGGAUUGAAGCAUAAAGUCAUUAAACAAAUUGAAUCGAUUGUUCGACCCGACUGUGUGGUAGCAACAAACACCUCAGCAUUGCCUAUCGCAGAAAUCGCCAAAGCCAGCGCUCAUCCGGAAAACGUGAUUGGAAUGCACUACUUUUCGCCAGUUGAAAAGAUGCAACUGCUAGAGAUUAUCACACAUGAGGGUACUUCUCAGCAAACGAUCGCCACAGCUGCUCAAUUGGGAUUGAAACAAGGAAAACUCGUCGUUGUCGUUAAGGAUUGCCCAGGGUUCUUUGUUGUACGCUGUCUUGCUCCAAUCAUGAGCGAAAUCACCCGACUUCUUCAGGAGGGUGUGACUCCCGAACAGCUCGACAAAAUUACAACCGAUUUUGGCUUCCCUGUUGGUGCUGUGACUCUAUCAGAUGAAGUUGGUCUUGAUGUAGCGGAACAUGUCGCACAUUUCCUCGCUGGAGCUCUUGGCGCACGUGUUGGAGGUGGAAACCCGCAAAUUUAUACGGAUUUAGUUGCUGCUGGAAUCAAAGGACGCAAGUCGAACAAAGGAUUCUAUCUCUAUGGAGAAGGAAAGAAGGGUAGCAAGAAGGUGAACGAGGAGGCAUUGAAGAUCAUUUCAAAGUAUCGUGUAACUGCUCCAGCCGAAACUAACAAUGUUGAGGAUCAACAGAUUCGAGUGCUCUGCCGUUUCAUCAACGAAGCCAUGCAUUGCUUGCAAGAGGGAGUCAUUAGACAACCGUCUGAUGGAGAUAUAGCAUCGGUGUUUGGCGUCGGAUUCCCACCAUUCUGGGGUGGUCCUUUCCGUUUCGUCGACCUUUAUGGAGCCGAGAAACUCGUCGCCAAGAUGGACAAAUUCUCUCGUGUUUAUGAUCGACGACAAUUCGAACCGGCACAAAUUCUCGUGGACUAUGCAAAAUCGGGCAGGAAGUUCUAC